AUUAUCCCUGUGCAAUCUGAGUUUCGUAGUUCGUGAGCAUAGCAAGGGCAGCCUCAACGUACGUGGAUUUUUACAGCGAUGCAAAUCAACUCGAAGUGAGACCAACCCGCGCACAUUUGUCGAAGCCGUGUCCUCUGAGACGCGCAUGGAAGGUCCAUCUUAUCAUAUCAACGCGAUAGAAACUUGAAGCUCAUUAUAAUGGCUUUCGGAUAUGAGUUUGUUGAUCUUUCGGAUGAGCAAAAGCAUGCCAGAAGAGUCGCGCUUGACACCAAUGGUGCAUACCUACAGCUCUCGGUGCUCUUUGUCCUCUUGACAAUAUAUGCUUCCGCCUGGAUGACAUGGCUUGUCGAACGGUAUACUCCUCGAGACGAUGGACCGCCAAAGUCACCCUUCCAAAGAGCAAACAACCAGACACAGAAAGGGGUAUUCGGACAUACACGUCUCUUAUGGAAACGAGUUCUCUGGUGGAGUGGAGGACCACUUAUGCGCGGCUGGGGCACAAGAGGUCAGUGGGUAUGUGGUUCAUUAUGGUCACUAUGGAUGCUCUAUCUCUGUCUGCGCAACACUAUGCCAGACUACUGGCACGUUACCAAACGAUUCGGCAUGAUCCCAACUGCGGUCUUGCCAUUUCAAUAUCUCCUUGCAAUGCGGUCAAGCCUCUCGCCAAUCCAGUAUCUUACGCGUCUGAGCCACGAAGAGCUCAAAGCCACGCAUCUGAUACUUGGGCGUAUUAUCAUCAUCUUCUAUGUAGUACAUGGGUCUCUUUACCUGAAUGGUUUCAUCCAGAACGGAGUUCUGCUGAAACGUCUCCUGGACUAUGAUGUGGUCUUUGGUUUGGCUGCAUUGCUGUCUUUCGUCGCUAUCAGUACGAGUGCUCUCAGCUUCAUUCGUAACUGGUCAUAUCGUACGUUCUAUGUUAUCCAUGUGUUCUUGGCUGUACUCCUGCUAGAACCAAUGUACUUCCACUGCCACCAUACUCAUAUUUUUGUUUGGCAAACACUUGUGGCUAUUAUACUGCUCAAUAUUCUCAGGCUCUUCAAGAUACGAACAUACGAUGGUCAAAUCAGCCUCGUACCAGGCUCAAGAUUGGUCCAAGUCAUUAUACCUCUCAACACUCGGAACAGUCUGACCUGGGGUGUGGGAGAACACGUCUUUCUCAGCCAGAUUACCGACCAAACAUCGAAAUUUGCUUUAUAUGACGUGUUAAGUCAAUGGUUUCAUGUUAACCCCUUCACCAUUGCCUCUCUGCCAGGCGAGGACGACGAGGUUGUACUGGUAGCUCGAACGCUGCAAGGCUCUACGAGGCUUUUAGCGGACGCUGCACACAGAACGGCUCGAGAAACGCAAGCGGAAGGCUCUCAUUCAACUACACGUCUUAUGGUGGAAGGUCCGUAUGGCGGCAUCAAUCACGUCCCUGAUCUUAAAACUUUCGACACAAUACUCUUCAUAGCAGGCGGUGUUGGUGCGACUUUCACUAUUCCAGUCUAUCGUACUGUCAUGAAUAGGGCGAUUUCAGAGCCAGGCUUUCGAGGCCAGAUACGAUUUGUAUGGGCUGUGCGGACGUUAUCUGAGACAAGAUGGGCAUUUCCGUCGACGACAGCCGACCGAAAGAAUGAAGGCAAUAGUUUUACAGCAGUUCCAAAGCUGGCUGAAAUAUAUAUCACUGGCUCACGCUCUACUCGGAAUACCGACACCACGGGAAGGAAUUUCUCUGGGGACGUCGAACUAGAGGAAGGUGAGAAUCUUCUGCCUGCAGAAGAAGACGAAGAGUCGUGUGUGCCACCAGGGGUCGUGCUUCAGCACGGCCGGCCUAACCUCAAUGUGAUUGUUGACGACGUCUUCUCAAAUCAACAUGGACGUGUCGCAAUCUUCGCAUGUGGACCUCGAACAUUAACGGACAGCUUGAGGUGUGCCGUGGGUAAGUGGGUAUACUUGGACCGCAAUGUUUUCUACAAGGCCGAGGUUUUUGGGUACUGACCGGAUGGGCGUUAUUAUGCACUCAAUAGCUUGUUGGCGGUGUUAGUGGGCUUAUAGUCUAUGAAGUUGGUUCAAG